AUGGCUGGUUCUUUAUGUCGGUACCUAAAAAAGCGAAUUUUAAAGUUAAGGCUGGCGCUAAGGCCGAAGGGUUGAGGCUGAGACUGACACUGACAAAGAAAGGUCCCCACCGUGAAAUGGAUUGGUGAAAAAGUGGUACAUACAAGUUGUUGAGCAUUCUCAAAUUAGUAGAAAAACAAAAAAAAAUGUGAAACUGAAGUUGAGGUUAAGUUUAAAAUUGAGGUUGAAGUUGAGUUUAAAAUUGAGGUUAAGGUUGAGUUUAAGCUUGAGGUUGAGGUUGAGGUUGAGGUUAAGGUUUAAGUUGAAUUUGAGGCCAAGGCCGAUGCCAAGACUAAUGCUGAAGCUAAAGCGUAGAGCUGGAUUGAGUGCGGUAGGGUAGGGUAGAGUAAAGUAGGGUAGGGUAGGGUAGGGUAGGGUAGGGUAGGGCAGGGUAGGGUAGGGUAGGGUAGGGUAGGGUAGGGUAGGGUAGGGUAGGGUAGGGUAGGGUAGGGUAGGGUAGGACAGGAUAGGGUAGGGUAAAGUAGGGUAGGGUAGGGUAGGGUAUGAUAGGGUAGGAUAAAUUAAAAUACCUUUUAUACAAUAAACUUACUCAUGGUGGUUUUUUUGAUUUGACCUUUUUUUAUAAAAUCCUGGAAAUAAAUCGAUUAACUAUAAAUUCCGAGAACAUUGAACAUUUUUUGAUUUUAUUGUUCCAAAAUAAUUGCAUUUGCUUCGUAGUUGGAUACGUCGUGUUACAAGGGAUAAUGUAAUCAGAACGAGCGCACUUCCUUUUGUUUAUUGAGUAGCCGACAAUGUUCGCGAAUGGACUCAUCUGGACUACCAGGCAUCACUUUCCGCUAUUUUUGGCAUCACCAAAAAAUUUUUAAAAAAUUUUUUUAAAUUUUUUGUUUGCAUAAAAGUAUUUUGGUUAACUUAAGCUUAAAGAGGAGCUUUGGCGUCGGCUUGAGUUUAGGCCUAGAAGUUGACUUAAAAUCAGGUUUUGUCUUAGGUUCUGGUGUUGGCUUAGGCUUAAUCCUACUUUUUAGCUUAGGUUCUUGGGUUUUAAGUUUGAAGCUAAAGUUCCACUUAUGGCUUUGCCUGAAGCUUAGGCUUAAGUUUAGGCUUAGAUUUAGAUUUAGCUCAUGCUCAUGCUCAUGCUCAUGCUUAUGCUCAUGCUCAUGCUCAUGCUCAUGCUCAUGCUCAUGCUCAUGCUCAUGCUCAUGCUUAUGCUCAUGCUCAUGCUCAUGCUCAUGCUCAUGCUCAUGCUCAUGCUCAUGCUCAUGCUCAUGCUCAUGCUCAUGCUCAUGCUCAUGCUCAUGCUCAUGCUCAUGCUCAUGCUCAUGCUCAUGCUCAUGCUCAUGCUCAUGCUCAUGCUCAUGCUCAUGCUCAUGCUCAUGCUCAUGCUCAUGCUCAUGCUCAUGCUCAUGCUGGUGCUUAG